AUGUUUACUGGUAUUCACUAUGUAUUCGUUCUGAUAACGCCGAUCCUCACAUGCGAAUAUAAGGCUCCUUCCAAAGAGGACGUCACUUAUGCGAUUGCCGAAUAUCCAGAAGGUCAUCGGCAAAAACGCGAACCAAGAUCUUGGGAUUGGAUGAGAAUUGAAACUGAAUACGAUCCUACAUUCAAUAUACUCGAUGAGGAAAAGAAAGAGGUACUCGAGGAUAUGAUUACUUCGGCACGUGACUAUUUCGAAAGCACACUCAAAGUACAACGACUUGGCUCCAUUCAAUUAAGACCGGCAUGCAUUGGGGAAGGAACAGUAGAUCUCAACAAUACAUAUCAGUGUAGCGUCGAUUGCGAGAAAAGAUGCGGUGGAGCAUUGGCAUCGGUGGAUGCUCCUUAUUUCGCUCACUGUUCCUGCAAAUACGGACCAUGUCCAUCAAUGCAACGGAAUUGGGGAGGAAAACUGAGAAAUGCGGAUUUUGUGUUAUUUGUAUCCGUAAAGGAGCAGAGUUGCGGUCCACUAACGCUGGCAUUCGCAUCGCAUUGUGCACUUGACCAACACACGCAGAGGCCGAUUGCUGGUCACGUGAAUAUUUGUCUGAGCGCAUUCAAAAGUUUCAAAGCACACGAGAUCUCACUAUGGGAGGCGACCAUCAAACAUGAACUUAUUCAUGCUUUCGUCUUUUCGCCUUCACUUUUCCCACUAUUUAAAGGUGCUGGAGAGGUGAUCAAAUGCAGUGCAAAUCGUUUGGCGAAAGUGCGUUGUAACUUAGUAGAAGACAUGAAGGCUGUACCAGAUGAGUACGAUUAUAAUAUUCCUAAUUUGUACAAGAACAGGAAAGGCAAAACGGUAACCGGGCACGGUCAAGUGGAAGCAGGGGAUUUUUGCCCAUAUUACAGGACCUACGGUGGUGUGUCAAGAGAGGACAGUGAUACUCGUUGCACGUUUCCUGGUAACAUGAACUACAACAAUUAUUCUCUAGAAGUAUUCUCACCAACGGCGCGUUGUUUUCAUCUGGAAGACGGUAUUAAAGUGAAAAGCGAACGUGGUACGGUGAAAUGGAUGCAUUCUGUCGGAUGCUAUGAGACCGUUUGCAAAGAUAAUCGGCUUCACAUCAAAACUCAGAAUUCUAAAUUCUACCCAUGCUAUCAAGGUGGACAGUUAAUACAUGUUAAAAAGCGAGUACAUGGUGUUGGUACGGUUACGACAAAAAUCGUCUGUCCAUCAUGUACGGAACUGUGUGGGACGCAGUAUUGCGCACCCGAUAAGAAUUUCAAUGGUCGAGUUGGUGAUCCGACAAGAGAAGCCAUUCCAUACCAUCCGAAGUUUAUUAUCAUGUUUCUCGUUGUUCUGACUCUCCACUAG